UGAUAACUGCGAUAGAAAUUGAGUAUUGUUGUUUUUGUGCACACUUAUACACUUUUGUUGUUGAUUGUGUGUUGCAAAAAAAUACAAAAAACAUGCUUUUGAAAACUUUGUAUGCCUUGUUUGGUCGGACGGAUUCGGUUACGACAGCGAGGUGCCACCUCGUUUACCAAGUUCGUCCCGUCGAACGUCGUUCUCGCACACUGCCUAGAAGGCUUACGCUGUGGGGAGUCGCUGACUGCCGCUUCUUGUACGUGUGUAACUAAGUAUUUAUAACUGUGCCCCUCACACGUGCAUUCUAUGGUCCGUCGGUAGGGACUAGGGCGCAUACCAACUGCCAAGAGCCAGCUAUCGAGUUGCUAUCGCCAAUGAGUGCGAAUUCAUUUCGCUUCAAUUCAGAAGUCUACGCGCCGUGGAUGUUGUAAGGCGGCGCGCAUGUUUGCAUCUCGGUCUUCAGCUCGUUCGGAGUCAUGCUCGUGUGUGAUUGCUGAUUGCUCAGCAGAAAUUAUUUCGUGGAUACGCAAAUGAAAAUGAAAACCAGCGACAAUGACAACAAAAAGGCCAGUAACAAUUACAACAAUGAAAAUGAAACAACAAAAAUAAUAAUAACAACAACAACAACAACGCCAGCAUUAAUAGCAACAUUAUUCACAGCGUUUGGCAGUCACCAAUAAAAUAAAUAAAUAAAGAAAGAACUCCAUUGAGGCGACGCUGGCAGGCAGUGGCUAACGGCCGAACGAACGGACGGACAGACAUUCAGACAAAGCAACCGACUGUUGUAUUGUGCGGCAGACCUAUAUACAAACAUAAGUGGACUUAAGUGGCCGCCUUCACCAGUUCGCAGCGCACGUAUCUCAAUUCCAGUGGCAAUCAUAUUGUCCGGCACAACGUGACGUGACGUGUGGAGGCGCGCACAAAAAAAAAUCAACAGACACAACAACAGCAAACAUGCUAGCGGUGGCGGCGGCCACGACGGAUGCGAAUUAUAAUGAUAUUCAGCGUGUUGUUGCCAACAGCAAUUGUGCUAGCGUAUGUGUGGUUGAUUUGCAAAAAAUGCAAAGUAGCAGAAAAUAAACAAAAACACAAUCAAAAGGCAUAAAAAUAAAAAUAAAUAAAAAUACCAAAAAAAAAAAAUGGAAAAAUAAAACUGAAAAUUGCGAGAAUUAAAAAAUACAAUAAAAAGGCUAUAAACAGAAAAAUUGUAUAAAAUAUGCGGACACACAGCGUGGACGUUAAGAAUGAAGCAAGAACUGAAUAAAGGCAAAAAUCUUGAAAAAUAAAAAAUAUGCAAUAAAAGCUUAAUAAAACUGUAUAAAGCGUAUAAAUGAAUUCAAAGUAACACAAUAAAAACGUGCAAAGCGUUGAAAAAGCGGUUAGGCGGACAAGAAAGCCGAGAAAAAAUAUGAAAAAAAAAUUAAUCAUAUUAAAUUCGCACAAAGCAGAAAAAAGAAAAACAAAGUUGAAAAAAAAUGAUUUGUUUAAUUUUUUUUACGAAAAAACACAUUCAUAGCAAAUGAUUGUUUGAUGGAUGGCCGGUCGCUCGCAUUGAAAGCGCUUAGAUUGCAUAACAAAUUGAAGUGUUUAUUGCGAAUAAAUAAAUGUGUAAAUGUUUACAAAUUGUAUGCCGUGGCGUUUUCAAUUUCGCUUACCGAUUUUGUAAUUAAAAAAAUUGCAGCAAGCAAAAAAUAUGAAAAAAGUUAUAAAUAAAAAAGUAAAAUGCAGAGUUCAAUAAAUAUAAAUGAAUUAUAAAUUAUAUAAAAAAAAAAUUGAAACAUAUUAAUACAAAAUAAAAAAAGUGAAAAACAAAAAUAAAUAAACAUAAACUAAAAAAAAAAAUUUGAAAAAAUUAAAAAAUAAUCAUACAAAAUGUGAAAUAAAGCACAACGACAUUUGCACGUACGAUUUAAACGACAACACAGAAACUUGCUAGGCUUAGCUUGUGCAAGCGCGUCAUGGUGGGGCGUAUAAGUGGCAUUCUAUAAAUUUAAUCCGUUGAGGUCAUUAUUUAUUCAUUCGUCAAUUCUGUGAGCUGAUUUAUGUGCGUGGAAUACUUUAAAGCGCCUUGAGCUGCGCAACGUACACACAUAGGCAACAUAGGACGUAGUGACUGGUGAGCGAUCGAGCGCACGUCGCGGAAACCUAAAGCAGUAGUGUGUGUGUGUGUCUGUCGCUUAGCGUUGUGACGGCUGUAGCUGUAGCUAAAAGCGUGCGCUAAAUAUUUGUCAUUAUCAUUAACGCCAGUGUAUUAAAUGUUAUCGGCUGUUGAGAAUUUUGGCCCGUUGGUCGGACCGGCUGUUGCACUCUCACACCAUCCCCAUGCCGCGACGCAUCACCUACAAGCGCAACAUCAUCCGUAUACCGCUGAACGUAGUCCCAGCUAUGCGCUGGACAUAGUGUCCGCCGCGGAUGCUACUGUGCGCGUUUCGGCCGCCCUCUCACCGCCCACAUCCAUAGUGCCCGUCACUUCCGCCGCCGCCGCCAUCAUCUCCACCCAGACACCGCUCACACACACGCAGUUAACGCAAUUGAAUGCGUUGCAAACGCUCAAAUUACAACAACAACUGCAACAACAGUACGAACAACAAUUGAGUAGUUUCAUUAACGCGCAGUCCGCGCAGUCUACGGCGUUAGGCGGUAUAACGGUGUUGCCGCAUCGGCCGCAACCGCAAGUGGUGUCGCUUAACGAGGCGCGUGAGCAGCAGCGGCAGCAACACCAGCAACAGCAACAUCAUCACUACCAGCUGCAUCAACAGCAGCAACAACACCAACAACAGCAGCAGCAACAACAACAUCAACAACAUUUACGUGAACAACAGUCAAUCAGCGUGAACUUGACGCUGCCUACAAACGCACCAAAGUACAUGAGCUCGCCGCGCGAUACCUCAACAAUGAUGCCGCUAACAGAGUUCACACCACCACAAAAACCAAAACAUGAACCACACACUGCAAUGGAAAAUGGCCAGUGCGGCGCCAUGAAUUUGGUCACAAACGCGAGCAAUGCUUUUGCCAGCAGUACAAAUUACCAAUUACACCACGCUAACGCGCACGCCAGCAGUAGUAAUAGCAAUCCCGCCUCCAUUGACAACAGUCGGCCGUCGUCGUCUUCCUCAUCGGUAGAUGUGGAGAAUGACGAGAGUAUGUCACCGGUUAAUGCAACGCAAGCUGCGCGCAAGUUACUGGACCCUGCCGCUUUGCUGGCGCACAAACAACCCACUUACAGCGAAACCAGCGCAUCCUCAGCAGCUGCCGCCGUAGUAGCCGCCUAUCAAUUUAACUACUCACAAUUAUAUGGCGGCGGUCGUCCGGCUGGACUCUAUAACGCACCCGUCAUUUUUACAGCACAUAAUCCACACGUAUCGCACGUGGUGCAGCAUCCCAGCGCCGUGCAUAGCGCGCACGCGCCACCAACCGCCUACCUCGGCGCAUUGGCGACGCACACAGCGGCGGCUUCGCCAAAUGAAAACAGCGUAUACUCCGCCGAAUACUUUAAGGCGCUGCAAAGCGCGGUAGCUGCAGGUGUAUUUCAAACGGUGCCCAAUCACACAACGCCCAUCUUUCAAACGUCACCGCUGGCCAGUAGUAAUUCGACGCCGUCAACUAUUGGCGUGACAAAGUCGCGCUUGCGUAGUCCCGCUGCAAGCACGGCGACAGCACAGGCGCCAAUUGCUUCACCGCCUAGCAAGGCGGAACAGCGUGCGGCGACGUCGACGAAACUCUCCACUGGCACUUACCUAUAUGAAAAGGCGAAAAGAUCGCCGCCCGACACGCCCGCAGACACUGAGAAGUUCUUCAAGAUACCCAGCGGUAAGGAGGGCUCACUCAAGCAUCGCAUACUCACGCGACCGUCGAGCGCCGAUAAGACGUUAACGACAGCAUCGGGUGCAGAAACUGGCAAGACGCCUAUUAUGCGCCCACACAAUUCGACGUCCAGCUUUAAAAAGGGCUCAUAUAUUGAACUCUCGAAUGGCUCGCUGCGCCGUGUGGAGGACAUGCGCACCGAGGAUUUUAUACAAAGCGCAGAGCGCAGUCCACAUCACCAGCUAAUCGAAUCCACGGUCGUAAAAAUCAACAACAACCCUUCGUCACACACUGUCGUCAUUGCAUUUAGUUACGAUCGUAAUCAGUCAAAGGUCGACAUGGAGGUCGCUACCGAACAUCCGUUUUUCGUUUAUGGCCAAGGCUGGGCAUCCUGCAAUCCCGAAUUGACAUACAAAGCUUUCGGUUUGAAGUGUCAACGCUUACAAGUCGGCGACAUCUGCAUUUCACUAACCAAACGCAAACCACCGAAUAUAAUUAUAAACAACAAUUACAACAACAACAACAAUAUUAUAAAUAGUAAUAACAAUAAUAAUAAGCAUAUGUAUUCACACGACACAACUACAACCACAACAACAACAACAACACGCACGACAACAAAUGAAAGCCAUUGCCUAGAACGUGAUCUCCAACCACUCGUAUUGAACGACAACGUGUAUGCUGCGCAUUUAAAAAGCGCCGGCAUAUGCCCACCGCCCACCGCACCAUACCCAAUAAUGCGUGGCGCACAUGGGGGUACGGUACACUUUAUGCCUCCCCACCUGCUCGCCAAUGCAUCCGCGACCGUCACACAUCCAGCGCCCUAUGCGCCCAACGAAAGAUACCCACACUUCCCUUUCCCCACGUCACCAGCGCAAGCGGCGUCAACACCUUUGCAUAGUUCGCGUGCUCAACACGGCGAUUUAACGUGCGCGGCGCAAUCACCCACGAAUAGCAGCACAAGGUCAGCGGAUGAAUGUGCCCAGUCAGUUGCGGCGGCGGCAGCAGCAGCCGCGUCAGCGCGCAAACGUCGCUGGUCAGCGCCGGAGAGUUUUUCCAAUAGCGAAGAUGAGGACGACGAAGCCGCGCGGUCGGGUGAAUAUCAACCGCCAUUGCGGCAGAAAUCGGCGCCGACUGCGGCGGUAAGCAGCAAUUACAAGCCUUACAUGCCAACGAAUAUGAAUAUGUCAGCGACGGCGGCAGCGACGGCCGGUCAAUUAAACUGUGAUUUUUCAACAAACUACAAAUAGCAAAAGAUCUCAAUGUUGGCGUGUGAAUUUCAAGUCAAGGCCUGACCUCGUGCGUUGUGCGGUGUAUUUGGGAAACAUCUCAAUUUAUAUACGCUAAAUAUUCAACCAUAUAUGAUAUUAUAUAUGUAUGUAUUAAUGUGCUUUAAGUCGUGGAUUAGCGCUAAGUGUGAGAAAAGGCUCAGCGGUUUAACUGUCGACGGCAAAAUAUUAUUUAUAUUUUUAAAUUGUUUAAAGCGGCUUUUAGAUAUUUUAUUCAAAAAUGAAAUUAAUUUAAAUUUAAUUCAAAGCAUGGCGUAAAUAUGUAUUGUAAAGCAACUUUGUACAAUUUACAGUUUCAGGAUCGACCUACAGUGUUUCAGAGUAGAUAUAGGAUAGGAAUCCAUGACUUUACAACUGUUAAUAUUUGUAUUUAGUAAUAUGUUUAGAAAAUUAUAUUUUUAUUCGAGUACGAGUAUAUGAAUAUCAAUGAAAACAUUUGAGUAUUUAAAUUUUCGAGUUGUCAGCCAUUUUGUCGCGUGUUUCACUAAUUUUAAGCAAAUAAUUGUAAAAAUAAAUAUUUUAAAGAUUUAUGUGUACAGAGUUUAAAACACACCAAUAUGCACAUGUAUAAAUGUAUAUACGCAUAUAUGUAUAUACAUGAAUAUAUAAAUAUAUAAAGAAUAUUCCAGGCGAUAUAUAUACGAUAUGUAUGUAUGUAAUACCAUGUCAGACUGUACAUUUGAAAUUAUAGCCAUAUGUAAAUGUAAUUUAAUGUAGUUAUUUGUAGUUAUUUAUAUUUAUAUGCAUACAUACAUAUUUAUGUAGUUAUCAGAUAAAUAAUGCUGAAUACAUACACACAUACAAAAAAGUUAUUGCACACGUGCUUGUGCAUGUUAUGUAAUUAUGAUUUGAUUGUAAUAAAUGAAAAAAGAAUAUAUGUAGUCCUGCAACAGUCACUGCAAUAAAGACUAAGUUUUCAAAUAUAAAAA